UACACAGGAAACGCGUUCUAUUGUUACCCAUGCAAGUCCAUCACGAUGGAGGUGUUUAAUGCAGCUAAUAUAUCCGAAGAUGUACUCGCCUGGAACAGUGAACUGGCUAUGUCACUGGUCGUUAUAGAUGUAUUCCUCGGACUUUACAUCAUUUUUGGCGUUUUCGGCAACGUUAUGAUAAUCUACAUUUACAAUACGCGAUUGAGCAUAAAGAUAGACGAUCGCAUAUUCAUUCUAGCCCUAGCGGCAGUAGAUAUCGUUGUCUGUGUUACCGGUCCGGCGUUCUCUCUCACACGAAACAUCCUUCCCGUGGCAUUUUACGGGAACGUCGUCUGCAAGACCCUUUGGUUCUUCACGAAGGCCAUGAAUGCAGUUUCAGUAGAGCUCGUACUGGUCAUAGGCGUGGAGAGAUAUCUGAAGAUAUGUCGACCUUUUGGGGUUCAGAUGAACAGCAAAGCAAAGAUGAUCAUCCUAGUGGCAUCCGUGAUUAUCUGUUUCGUUGGACAUACUCCGAUCUUCUUUUUCUACGGGCAGAUACCUGUUAUUAACAUCUCGCGUAAUAUUACCGGACACAGAUGCGGACGAAUACACGACGAGCACGAGAGCUCUCUCAGUGACACUGGUUAUUUGUACUUAUUGGUGAUAUUUGUGCUUGCCGUCGGAACUCUCGGGUUGAUAGUUUUGCUUUACGUUAUGAUUGGACGACGGAUCUACAAACGUAUUAAACGCCGCGCCAAGUCAUCUCCAAGCAAAUCCUCAGAACCUGACCCAGCCUCCGAAGCAAUAUCAACAACAACAACGGAAAAUGACACCAAUAGCUCAAGAGAAGUCAAUAGCGUUCGAAAAUCCAACCUGCCGUCGAAUGCAUCCAUCCAAAAGGGCGGACAUUCAAAGCGUCGAAGGACGUCAUCUGUGUCUAUAAAAAACUGGCGAGAAAAACACCGUUACUCACUUAUGUUUCUAUUGAUAGCCGGUAUUUGCGUCGUGAUGUACAUACCAACUCUGAUCGUGAACCUCGCCGUAAACCUCGAUUCUGUGUACUUCUGGAAUUACACAUCUCCACAUUUACGACAACUGUACUUGUAUUUCUUUCAGGUGUAUAUAGUGAACCAUGUUGUAAACCCGUUCAUCUACGGCUAUUUCGACAGUGCAUUCCGAACGGAAGUGAAGCAGAUAUUAUGCAAAAGAUAAUGGAGUUAUUUGCGAAUAUUCAUUUUGUUUCCGUAACUGUAGAAGACGAAAAACGUUAACUGGAAAACAGUUUUUCUUCCUUGAAAGAAGAAGUAUCAUCAUAUUGUUUUUUGAAACCGCUGCGAUUGUAGGUACCCAGAAACAUAUGUAAUACACGUUUGUAUUACAUAUGUUUCUGGGUACCUACAAAUAUCGUGCUAUUUAUCUAAUUAUCAUAUGCUAUAUAUUGUCAAAGCAUUAAUGUGAAGAAGGUUGACACGAAAAUAAGGUUGAUGCCAUUAUCAUGUUCUUACCUUGAUAGGCAUCAUUUAUGCUACAAAGACAUACAAGUAUUCUGAAAAAAAUCACAAUUGUGGCAAAACGUACAGGCCAUUCUUUUCAUAUAUAAAAUCAGUACUAUAUAUAUAUAACAGAAUGCAUAUUGAAGAGUGUAUCAAAUUUAAAAUUAAACUUAUUGUUUCCAAUGUAAAGCCAUACAAUAAACAUGCAUAUCUUGUUUUUGUUACAUGAAUAAAUUCGAUGAAAAUAUAAUCUGUUACUUUGU